UGUGUUCUAUUCUGUACCCCGUCACUGCGUUUCUGUUCGAAUAACUGUUAUUUAAAGAGACCCAUUUAUAGUAAAUGCACAGGAAGAAAUGUUGUCCCCGCAGGGUUGAGAUACAUACAAGACUUCCGGAUCAACAUUGAAUUGUGGAGAAAUGUGCUGAUUUCUGCUGCGAGCAAUUUCUCCCUUGGAACAAGCAGCAAGAAGCUUCUCAUGAAAGAUGUAAGCAAAAACAAAGCGCGACUGAAACCCUUUGUGUCCACAGUCACCGAUUUCCCUGCACAUAUCCCGGAAAACUGUUGCAUUUGUUACCGUUUUACUUUCAGUUGUAAUUGGAUCAGCAAGGGUUGAAGUUCCCGACGAGAUGCUAGAGAGCGGUGAACUGGAGGUGGGAAGAAGCGGCGGGCUCUGAAGUCAAGGGCCGGCGUUGAGCUCCCGAACGUGGGUGCGGUGGAGCAGACAGCCCGGGUCUUCCUUCAUCCCUCUCUGAGCAGGUAUGUUAGACAAGGGAUAGCUGGCAGAGACCACCGAUGCUGCUCGCGCGGAAAAUCCUUUCCAUCUUCAAAAUGAUGAAUUUUCGCAAGACCAAGUUUGCAAGGUUUAUGAAUAACAGAGUGCCUGCCAAUCAGAGAUACGAACCCACAGAGUAUGAACAUGCAGCAAACUGUGCCACUCAUGCAUUUUGGAUAAUUCCCAGCAUUCUCGGCAGUUCUAUUCUCUACGGCCUUUCUGAUGACCAGUGGGAGAUGAUCUCAGCGUGGAUUUAUGGGUUCGGGCUGAGUGGCCUUUUCAUUGUCUCUACUGUCUUUCACACCAUCUCCUGGAAGAAAAGCCAUUUCCGAAUGCUGAGCGUCACAGGACUGGCAGCCCGUGAUCACACACCAGCUGGAAGUGAAAUCCACCACUGCGCUGGUAUAGGGCAGAGCGGACAUGAACUCAACCUGUCAAGAACUCAACAAAUAAAGAUCCCCUUCAUCAGAAACUGCAGAACAAUGGAGCAUUGCUUCCACAUGUUUGACAGGAUGGUGAUCUACUUCUUCAUUGCUGCCUCAUAUGCCCCCUGGCUGAAUCUGCGGGAGCUGGGCCCCUGGGCAUCUCACAUGCGCUGGAUCAUCUGGAUAAUGGCCUGCAUUGGAACUGUCUAUGUGUUUCUGUUUCAUGAACGGUAUAAAAUUGUGGAACUGAUCUGCUACAUGGUAAUGGGCAUCUUUCCUGCACUUGUCAUUCUGUCAAUGCCUAAUACUGAAGGACUGUUUGAACUGCUGCUGGGCGGUGUCUUCUACACCAUGGGAAUGCUGUUCUUCAAGAGCGAUGGACGGAUUCCAUUUGCACAUGCAAUAUGGCACCUCUUUGUGGCCAUUGGUGCCGGGAUCCAUUACUAUGCUAUCUGGAAGUAUCUGUACCGCCCUGAAAUGCUGGAUAUGAGGACAUCAAAGUGAUCAGAUUGUAACUUGUGACAGACAAUGUUUGUCUACAACCACAAUGAAAUUAACAAGACAUUGCAACGAUCUCUGGACCGUGCAAUUGAUAUGUGAAUGUCAAUGCUGCAACUCCAAUAUUUUCUUCAGCACUGAAGCGCCAAAUUUAUGGCCAGUAUUAAACUCAAAAGCAUGUGCACACAUAUCUGAACAUUCCUGCAAACUUGACUGGAUGGUUCUCAGAACUGCAUGCAUCUGAAUAUUAUUCUAUUAACUGUAUAAUUUUAUAGUCAGAUGUCUCCCCUCAAAACACUUGAAUUAUUAUUGGCUGUGUUUUUUGUAAGACACAGGUACAUUUUAAUGGAUCUUUUUCUGUGAAAAGAGUGCCAAGAGAAGAUCAUAUUUUCUAGAAGACACUUUAUUAACUAUGAGGCACAUAAUGUAAUGCAUUUGCUAGAAACUGGACUAGUUGAAAAUCCAUGAAAGCACCUGAACUAUUUUGGUUAAUUGGCAGAACUGGGAAUAUGUCUUUAAUUGUUGAUGUUGGCAAUGAUUCAGAACCACUCUAGGAGUAGUGAAGAUAGGACUGAAACAAGCAGAGCCACUGCCUCACAGCAUCAGAAAGUCAGGUUCAAUCCUGACCUCGGGUGCACUCUGCAUGGAGUUUGCACAUUCUCUCUGUGACCACAUUGGUUUCCCUUGGGUGCUCAGGUUUCUGCCCACAUCCCAAAGACAUGGAGGUUAGUAGCUUAAUUGGCUGUUGUAAAAUUGCCCAAAUGUGUAGGUGAGUGGUGGAAUCUGGGGGAAAUAGAUGAGGCAAGAAUAAAAAAGUGUAAAUGAAUGCUUCAUGGUCACUUAAUGAGUUGAAGGGCCUGACAACUUGCUGUCUUUCUACAUGACUCUAUGAAAUUGGUCUUCAUUCACCCUUUAACCAGUGUGGUACAAUGCCUUACAGCUUGGGAAGAAGCAAAAUAUGACUGAUUCCAUACUGGCCUUAUAUAAAUUGUAGGCAUUCCAAGCAGUUGGCACACACACUUCCUAAUAAGGGGCACGAUAAUCUUUCCUGAAACCUCAUUACGAAUCUAUCAGCAUUGGCGUCAAGCCAGUUUGACUGAGGCUUGCUUACCAAUUCCAGAUUCCACUGACCCUCCUGUGGAGUAGCAGCAAUGUUUCCUGUCCCAAAAUGUUCUUCAGAGCUACUACACAAUCUCAUCUCUCCAAUCCUGCCCAUCUCCUCUCCUCACCAGUUACAGGAAUUGUUUGGACUGCUGCCCAGGAGGCAAGUGCCCUAAAUUAAAUUGAAUCAAACAGGGCAGUCAUUCUUUUGGAUGCAGCUCAACCUCCUUGUCAAAGAAAGCCUUGCAUCCAAGACACAUUUAAAUCUCUUAGUCCCAGCCUCGCAAGGUACAUCAUGAAUUUUUAGUCCAAAAAUUAAAAUAGGCCUUGGCUAUAAUAAAAUGUUAGCUCCAUUUCUAUAGGUAAUUUGCUCCUUAAGGGACAUUAACAUCAAAACUUUCUUUUAACUCACAUUUUCCUUUCUAAUUUCUAAUAGUCUUCCAUCUUGGGAGCACCAAAUUCUUCAGGAUAUUAUUUCAUUUGAGUUCAAAAAGUUUCUAGCCAUGACCCAUAUGUCCAGUCAUCGUGGCAUGAUAGGCUGUCUUUAGUUAUUUAACUGUGGAGUACACUCACCUUCGAAAUCAUUUUCUGCUCUGGGCGGAAAUGAAUUGCCAGUUUUAAUUCCACAACACUAUUUUAGAGGAAUUGGAGGCCAUUGUCAUACCCGUGAGCCUACCCAACUCAUCAACAAUGUGUAUGAAACCACUGGUCAGCUUUUUCUUCACAAUCAUCCAGUUCGUGUAUGCAGUAUUUUACUAAGGAGAGUUUCCUAUUCUCAAUAGCCUUUUUUAUUUCAAAUUUUAUUGCAUGUUCUUUUGCAUUCUUAAUUAUCUUAAAAUUAGCAAAUUAAAAUCAAACAAUAAUUAAAAUGACUGCAGUUACGCUUCCAAGUGAGUAAACGUGGAAGAUUCUGGUCACUUAGCUAUAGGAAAGAUACCAUUAAAUUGGAAAGGGUACAGAAAAGAUUCACAAGAUCUCCCAUACUGAAUCAGUAUACAUGGUAAUUGGGUUAUGCAUGUGAUGUUUAUAGCACAAUAAAAUUAUGUCAGAUAACCUCAAUAAAAUAAAAAAUCAACUCAAUAUAAUUAAAGAUAACAUUAUAGACCAUAAGGUGUAAGGACAGAAUUAGGCCAUUCAGCCAAUUGAAAUUCUUGGUAAUUUCAUCCUGGCUGAUCCAUUUUUCCUCUCAACCUCAUUCUCCUGCCUUCACCCCAUAAUCAUUCAUGCCCCAUAAUCAUUCAUGCCCUGAGUGAUCAAGAGUCUAUGAACCUUUGCUUUAAAUACACCCAAUAACCAGGCCUCCACAGCCGCCUGUGGCAACGAAAUCCACAGAUACACCACCCUCUACCUAAAGAAAUUCCUCCUCUUCCUCUUUCAAAAUGGACGUACCUCUAUUUUGAGGUUGUGCCCUCUGGUCCUCGACUCCCCCACAAUAGGAAACAUCCUCUCCACAUCUACUCUUCUUAGGCCUUUAACAUUUGAUAGGUUUCAAUAAGAUCCCCCAUCAUUCUUCUAAUUCCAGCAAGUACAGGACCAGAUCCAUCAAAUGCUCUUCAUACAAUAACACAUUAAUUCCCAGAAUCAUUUGCAUGAAUCUCCUCCAAAUCCUCUCCAAUGUCAGCACAUCCUUUCUUAGAUAAAAGGCUCAAAACUGCUCAGAAUACUCAAAAGUGAGGCCUCAACAGUGCCUUUUAAAACCCCAGCAUUACAUCCUUACUGUUAUACUCUAGUCCUCUAGAAAUGAAUGCUAACAUUGCAUUUGCUUUACCCACCACUGACUCAACCUGCAAGUUAACCUUUAGGGAAUCCUGCACGAGGACUCCCAAGUCACUUUGUACCUUGGAUUUUUGAAUUUUCUUCCAGUUUGGAAAAUAACCUACGCCUUUAUUCCUUCUACCAAAGUGCGUGACCAUACAUUUCCCAGACCUAUAUUUCAUCUACCACUUCCUAAUCUGUCCUUCUGCAGCCUCCCUGUUUCCUCAACGCUACCUGUCCCUCCAUCAACCUUCACAUCAUCUGCAAACUUGGCCACAAUGCCAUCAUUCCAUCAUCCAAAUCAUUGAUACAUCUCGCAAAAAAAAAACCCAAUUCCAACACAGGCCCUUGAGGAAAACUACUAGUCACUGGCAGCCAAUCAGAAAUCCUUUGCCUCCUGCCAAUCAAAUAUUCUGAGUUUUCCACAAUGAAGACGGAUGCAAAAUACUUAUUCAGUUCAUUCUCCAUUUCCUUUGAUCCUAUUACUACCACUGCAGUGUCAUUCUCCAGUGGCCAUAUAUCUUGUACUGCCUCUCUUUUACCUUUUAUAUAUCUGAAGAAAACUUUUGGUAUCAUCUUUGAUACUAUUGGCUAGCUUAACAUCAUAUUUCAUCCUUUAGUUGCCUUCUGACAAUUUUUGAAAGCUUCCCAAUCCUCUAGCUCCCAUUAAUUUUGUUUUAUAAUAUGCCCUCACUUUUGCUUUUAUGUUGUUUUUGACUUCUCUUGUCAGCCACCAUUGAUCAUCCAUCCUUUAGAAAAGUUCGAGAUGUACUGCAUCUAUCCUGCGCUUUCCAAAUUUCUCCCAGAAACUCCAGCCAUUGUUGUUCUGCUGUUAUCCCUACUAGUGUCCCCAUCCAAUCAAUUUUUCCCAGCUCCUCUCAUGCCCUUACUCCACUAUAAUACUGAUAGAUCAGACUUUAGCCUCUCCCUCUCAAAUUGCAAGGUGAACUCUAUCACAUUAUUUUCACUGCCUCCUAAGGGUUCCUUUACCUUGAACUCCAUAAUCAAAUCCAGUUCAUUUCACAACACCCAUCCAGGAUAGCCUUUCCCCUGGUGCUCUAAAAAGGCAUCUCAUAGAUAUCCUACAAAUUCUCUGUCUUGGGAUCCAUCAGCAACCUGAUUUUCCCAGACUAUCUGCAUAUUGAAAUCCCCCAUGACUAUAAUAACGUUGCCCUUUUCUAUCUUCCAUUGUAAUUUGUUGCCCACAUCAUAGCUGUUGUAUGGAGGCCUGCAUAUAACUACCAUCAGGAUAUUUUUACCCUUGCAGUUUCUCUACCCACAAGGAUUCUACAUCUUCGGAUCCUAUUUCAGCUCUUUCCAAGGAUUUGGUUUUAUUUUUUACCAACAGAGCCACCCCACCCCCUCUGCCUAGCUGUCUGUCCUUUCAAUACAAAGCAUAUCCUUGGAUAUUAAGCUCCCAACUAUGAUAUGGUGGUUUGCCCUUGCUAAAGUGAGACGAGCAAUUCUUGGCAGGGCUGGGCUCAAUUAAAUGCAGAUGUUGAUGAUGUGCUGCACAAAUUUGGCAGGUACAUGAAUAGGAAAUGUUUAGUGUUAUGGGUCAAGCACAGGGAAAUGGGAUUAGCUUGGUUGUGCAUCUUGGUUGGUGUGGACAAUCUGGUCUAAAGGGUCAUUUCUGUGCUGUAUUACUCUGUGACUCUAAAUUGUUGUCUGUACUGGAUAGCUUGACUUGUAAGGAGAGACUGGAUAGAUGGGGGCUGUUUUCCCUGGAAUGUAGGAGGCUGAGCAAUAACUUUGUAGAGUAUAUAAAAUGUACCUGUACUGUCAUCCCUCAGGAUCAUAGAUAAGGUCACAGUCUUUAUCCCGAAGUAGAGGAAUCUAAAACAAGAGGGCACUGGUUUAAGGUGAGAGGGAAAAGACUUGAAAGGGGCAUGAGUGGCAAGUAUUUUUACACAGAAAGUGGUAGGAAUGAGUUGCCAGUUGGAAGUGGUAGAGUUGGGUACAAUUACAAUGUUUAAAUGACAUUUACACAGGAACAUCAACAGGAAAGGUCUGGAGUGAUAUGGAGCCAAGCACAGGCAAAUGGGACCAGCUCAGUUAGGCCUUUGGUUGGCAUGGAAGAGUUGGGCUGAAGGGCUUGUUUCCCUGCUGUAUAAAUCAACAACUUUAAUUAAGGCCUUUUGGGGAUACCUAGGCUCAAACCCCUGCUUUUCCGGCAGAAAUACAAUGAAUUAUUUCAUAAAAUCUUAGAGGGUCUCUUUGUGAUUUUAAUGAUUGUCUCAUUUUGGUUACUAUGGGGAGAGUCAUUUACAUAUUAGGUCAAACACUCUUCAUUGAAACAGUGUCUGAUGAAGGGUCUUCACCUCUGUCCCUCUUCCCACAGAUGUGGUCUGACCUGCUGAGUAUUCCCAGCAAUUCCUGGUUUUGUUUUAGUUUUCCAGUAUUUAUAGUUUCUCUUUCAGUUUUGUUUAUGUGACGAAGCUUGGAUCAUCUAACCAGUGAUAGAAUAAGUUAAGAGGAUACAUAUUGCCUCAAGACAAUUUCCCAACCUGGAUUUUAGAGGAAGAUUGGUAAAAUCAUUAUUUUUGCUAGUGUUGGUUUAAGAUCAACACAGAAGAGCAUACAUCCACUACAGAACCUUUCGUCUUUUGGCCCCUACCUCAAUGGUUUUGGUCUUACGUUCUGCUGCUUUCCCUACAUAUUGUAGCUUAGUCAAAAAUUGGAUUCUUAUCUUGAACCAUGACAUCAUGUUAGCGGGUGGGUAGAACAAAACACCACAUAGAAAAUAUUAAAGCCUUCAACUCGUAACUUAAAACAUUGAUUUACUGAAACAAAGCACGUGCAAAUAAGGAACCUAGUUUGGUUAGCUUAAUUCUUUCAUGGAAUGAAGGCAUCACAAGCCUACACGAUGAAAGGUAAGGACUUGUAAAACUUUCACCAAAUCAUAGAAUUGUUUUAGCACUGUUUUAUACCUACCUCUAGUAAAGCCAUCUGGUCGGUUGGUCAGUACCAUCUCCCUGCUCUGUCCCUACAGCCCUGUAGGUCAGAAUCAGAAUCGGGUUAAUUAUCACUGGCACGUGUCAUGAAAUUUGUUAACUUAACAACAGCAGUACAAUGCAAUAUGGGAUUAUAUAGAGGAAAAAUAAGUAUAUUAAUUACAGUAAGUAUAUACAUAUUGUUAAAUUAAAAAUAUUGCAAAUACAGAAAUAAUAAAAGUGAGGUGGUGUUCAUGGGUUCAAUAUCCAUUUAGGAAUCAAUGGCAGAGGGGAAGAAGCUAUUCCUAAAAUGCUGCGUGUGUGCCUUCAGGUUUCUGUACCUCCUUCUUGAUGGUAACAAUGACAAGGGAGCAUGGCCUGGGUGAUGGGGUCCUUAUUGAUGGACACUUCCUUUUUGAGACACCACUCCUUGAAGAUGUCUUGGAUACUAUGGAUUGUAGUACCCACGAUGGAACUGACCAAUUAUAUAACUUUCUUUAACUUCUUUCGAUCCUGUGUAGUAGUGACUCCCGCCCCCGCCCCCGAUACCAGACAGUGAAACAGCCUAUCAGAAUGAUCUCCACAGUACAUCUGUAGAAGUCUUGGGUGACAAACCAAAUCUCUUCAAACUCCUAAUGAAAUAUAGCCACCGCCUUGCCUUCUUUAUAGCUGCAUCGAUAUGUUGGACCAGGUUAGAUCCUCAGAGAUCUUGAUACCCAGGAACUUAAAAUUAUGCACUCCCUCCACUUCUGAUCCCUCUAUGAGGAUUGGUUUGUGAUCCCUCAUCCUACCCUUUCUGAAGUCGACAAUCAGUUCUUUGGUCUUACUGACAUUGAGUGCAAGGUCGCUGCUGUGACACCACUCCACUAGCUGGUAUAAUUCACUCCUGUACACCCUCUCAUCUCCAUCUAAGAUUCUGCCAACAACGGUAGUAUCAUCAGCAAAUUUACAGAUGGUGUUUGAGCUAUGCCUAGCCACACAGUCAUGGGUUUGUAUUUUUUUUACACCCAUUCAAUAAAGACAUAGAUUGAUUCUAUUUCCAACUAUAAUACUUGCUAUAAGCAAGAGGAGUUCCAGAUUCUAAUUACCAUGUGAAUAGAAUCUAUGUUCCUUGAGCUGUCUGCUGAUAGAUAUUGCUUCCCUCUUUUUACCCUAUAAUAUAUCAUGAUAUCAUAUAGAGAAAGGAAUAUACUGUGUUUUCAAAAUGUUGUACAAUAUGACUUAAACAUGAGAAAAUCUGCAGAUGCUGGAAAUUCAAGCAACACCCACAAAAUGCUGGUGGAACGCAGCAGGCCAGGCCACCAGCAUUUUGUGAGUGUUGCUACAAUAUGACUUAAAUAGGUCUUGGCCAGUAGUAAGCUUUUUCAUUGCCUUUGAUGUUUGUUCUUCUUAAUGAUAAAAGUUAAUGGAUUUGAGAAAUGCCAUUGAAUGAAGCCUUGGCAAGUUAUAGGUACAUGCAGUAGACAUGAUGUGAUUAUGUAGAAUGGUAGGAGGGUUGUCAAAUCAAGUAGUUUAGUUGACUCUGUGAAAUGUUGUUCACAUGUUACCAACAGCUCCUUAGGAUGACCCAGACUAUUGUGCUACAUAGAUGAUUCAGUAUGUUACUCACAUCUGACAACUUACUGGUGUUUCCUCAAGUUCUUGAUUAGCAGCCUGUGACGAUCAAGGGAAGGUAACCACAGUUGACUUCACACAGUCCUUUUAUAACUGGAUCCAUACUGAAACCAAUAUUGUCAGAAACACAAGAGAUUCCGCAGAUGCUGAAAAUCUUGAGCAAAACACAGAAAAUUCAGGAAGGAUUCAGCAGGUCAGGCAGCAUCUAUGGAGAGGAAUAAGUGGUCAAUGUUUCAAGCAGACACCAUUUCUUUCCAUCCUAAUAAAGGCCCUUGGUCUGAAAUUGUUGUUCCUUUCUGCACAUGGCAUGUGGGUGGCAACCUUACUGUUUCUUUAGCAACACAAACAUGAGGAAAUCUGCAGAUGCUGGAAUUUCAAGCAACACAUAUAAAAA